AUGGACAGGGAGCAUGGGCACACUGUAUUUUCUGCAGGAGAUAAACUCAAGAAUGGGGGAAGACGUAACAAUUUCAAACAAUUCGCCGAGAAGAUAGGCUCUCUCUCUAGAAUCUGUCUCGUAAUUAUCACCCGAAGGAAAAAGAAUUUGAAUAAUAAUUCCCCGUCGUCUUCUUCUUCUGGUUCGUGUUCGUGCUCUAAUUCGGCGUCAUUUAAUCAGUGCCGACAGCAGAACUGGGGUUUUAUUAGUUUUUCUGGUAGAAACAAUAUCUGGAAGCCUCAAAACCUCAAAGCUCUAGCCAUGAGUACAACUCAAGGAAAUCUUGCUUCACCAAGGAACAUUGUUAAAGUGGACAAUGAACCUGAUCAUCUUCUUGUUCUUGUUCAUGGCAUCUUGGCAAGCCCAAGUGACUGGACAUAUUUCGAAGCGGAAUUAAAGAGGCGAUUAGGGAAAAAGUUUUUGAUUUAUGCAAGCUCAUCUAAUAUGUACACUAAAACCUUUACUGGAAUUGACGGAGCUGGUAAACGACUGGCGGAUGAAGUUGUGCAGGUCGUGAAAAGAACAGAAGGCCUUAAAAGGAUAUCUUUCUUGGCUCACUCUCUUGGUGGAUUAUUUGCUAGAUAUGCAGUUGCUGUUUUGUAUGUGGCCAACGUCUCUUAUAAGUCCGAUGAUAUAGCCAGCUCGACUGAUACAAACUUAAAAAUGUUGUUCUCUCCAAAAAAAUGUUUGAUUGCUGGGUUGGAACCAACUAAUUUUAUUACCUUGGCAACACCUCAUCUUGGAGUGAGAGGAAAGAAGCAGCUUCCAUUUCUUCUUGGUGUGCCUAUCUUAGAAAAGCUUGCUGCACCGAUUGCCCCCUUUAUUACUGGACGAACUGGCAGUCAGCUCUUCCUUACUGAUGGCAAACCCAACAAACCUCCUCUCUUAUUACGAAUGACGACAAAUUGUGAAGAUGGAAAUUUUAUAACUGCACUUGGCACUUUCAGAUGUCGGGUUCUUUAUGCAAAUGUCUCUUAUGACCAUAUGGUUGGUUGGCGGACAUCCUCUGUGAGAAGGGAGACAGAACUUGUAAAGCCUCCUCGACGGUCAUUGGAUGGCUACAAACACGUCGUUGAUGUGGAAUAUUAUCCUCCAGUUCUAUCCAAGGGUCCUCGUUUCCCUCCAGAAGCAGCCAAAGCGAAGGAGGCUGCUCAAAAGGAAUCGAGCACGCAGAAAACAGAAGAAUAUCAUGAAAUUAUGGAAGAGGAAAUGAUAUGUGGUUUACAACAAUUGGGAUGGAAGAAAGUUGAUGUCAGUUUUCACUCUGCAUUCUGGCCCUUUUUUGCACACAAUAAUAUUCAUGUGAAAAAUGAGUGGUUUCAUAAUGCUGGAGCAGGAGUUGUCGCUCAUGUUGCAGAUAGCAUAAAGCAACAAGAGAAACAAAGAAACUCUUCCACAUAUAUUGCUGCUAGUUUGUAA